AUGACGGCACAGCCAGCGCACACGGCCGAAGCGUGGGGACGCUUAACACUCGUGACCAAAGAGCCGGCGGACGACAGUGACCACAUCUACUUGACACGUCCCGUCACGACAAUUGGCCGCAACAAACGCCGCUGCGAUCACGUGAUUAACCAGCUUUUUAUCAGCAGCGUGCAUUGCGUUGUGCAGCGAGACGGCAUCGACGCUUCGGGCGAACCCAUUGUCAAGCUUUGCGACAACAGCCGGAAUGGUAUUUGGGUCAAUGCAGACCGCGUAGGCAAAGGAGGCUCAGUGCGACUGGGCAGGGGCUAUACAGUGCAUUUCACAAAGCCUGGCGCGACCCCAGCAGGGGUUACUCCAAUGGCGUUUAAGCUGGAAUUCCUUACUUCGACGGGACCACAGCCCGUGGCUGUAGAGAGCAAAGUGAGCGAAGUGCUACAAGAUGUCGACCCGACGACUGUUUCUGACGAACUGUUCGACGCAACGACAAAAUGUGCUGUGCCAGCAGAAUCACCAUACCUGCCAGCAAAGAAGCGCAAACGAGUGGGUGUGGAGCUCGGAUUUGUGCACGCUGCCACCCAGGAGCUCGAAAGUAAACCGGAGGCUGCGGAAAGUCAGCUCAAGGCUGCAAAAGCUAUGGUAGCGAUGGAGAAAGGAUUGGAGCAAAUUGGGACAAGUCAAGUCGACAAAUUGACGAAAGAAAAUUUGCACUUGAUGGCCGAGCUGCAGGCAGCUUCAGCAGAAAAUCUCCAACUAAAAGCAGAAUUGGCCGCAAAGGAUGGCGAAAUGAAAACAAAAGAAGCGGCGUUGCAAGCGACCGCAAAGCUACACGAAGAGUUGGGGGCAAAACAGAAAGAAGCGGAAGUGAAGAACAAGCAAGCUUUGACGAAGCGCUUUGAGGCGGAUUGCGAGGCGACGUCGCGAGAAAUGGCGGUCAAGCUAAAAGAAGAACUCAAGAAGUACCAGCAAAAGAUUGAAGCAGAGCAUUAUGAACAGCGAAGGGAAGCGAGCGAGAAGAUGGCCGCGCUCGUCAACGAGAACGAAACUCUGCAGACACUGCAGAGUGCGAAGGACGAAGAGCUGGCCGACUGCGAAGUUGAACUUGCACGCUCGCGCGAGGAGAUCACUACGUUGGAGAAACGUGUCGCCACAUUGUGUGCAAAGGAGGAAAAGCUGGCCGACUGCAAGAAAAAAAUAGCUGACCUGGAAUCAAAGCUUGCAGUUUUGAAAGAAGAGAGUGCGGAGAUUGUUGGCUUACUGGCUGCUGCGGAAGAAAAGGUCGUUGCUGCAGAAAACAAAGCUGCCAAAGCAGACAUAGCUGCUGCCGCAGCAGCUCGUGCUCGUGCCAACAGCAGUUUCGACGCCAACGAGCGACAAGAGCUACAAAACUCAAUUUCUUCUUUUCGGUGCGAGCUUGAGGCGUACCGUGCUCAACUUACAAGCCGAGAAAAGCACACAACGCAGCAGGCGGCUGCACUGCAAGUGGCCAUGGCCUCGUCAGCAAGCAGCACUGCAGAAAGAGUCAUUCAAGACAACAAUGCAGACACUCUACGCGCCCGGUUGGUAGCCGCAUCGGAUCUGUUUCGCCACGUCCAAGCACUUGGUCUCCAAGGGAUGCGUUUGAUCAAUGAGACCAAUAGGUCCAAACUUAGCGAUCUUCCUUGCGAAUUGGCAGCGACGAUCGACACUCGCACGAUCGUGCCGAAUUCGCCGUCGUUCUCGCCAGCCAAAGACGGUCGACACCUUGCGGAAGCUGACACGACGACCGCAACCAUUGACAAUGGAAGCGCAAAGGCCAAGGCAUCCCCGACCACGUUGAAGCCAGGGGAGAAGCCAGAGCCGAACAAGCAGGCAGCACUUGCAUCUGCAGCGAUCGACACCGACAUUGACGCCAGUGCAAGAAGUGCAGCUACGACUUCGUUCACGGCCAGUGGCCAUAAUUUGUGCCGUGACGUUCGCACUGUUGUGGUCCAUAGCGAUGACAAGGACGAAUGGGACGUGAUAGAGUAA